AUGUCGCAGUACGUUCUUUGCGUUUUUUGUCUCUUUGUAACCCAUUUUAAAUUGGUAUAUCAGAGACAAGUGGAUAUUAACCAAAGCAAUGGACUAAGACGAGCGAUUCUUGUCCAGGGUGUAGCCCGGGUAUCGUACGGAAAUUUUGUAGCCGACAAAUUCCGUCGACUUCGAGUUCCAGUUGGCUCAUCAACCCUUGUGAUAAGCUACAAUGAAUGCGCAACAAGCUGCGUUAACGCUCCAGGUUGUGCUUCGUUUAACCUGGCUUCGUUUCCUGAUGCAGAUGGUAAAUUCCUAUGCGAGCUGUUGGAUGAAGACAAGUACUACAACCUCAAUCAACUCGUAAGCUCGAAGCACUUUCACCAUUUUAGCAUCAAGGUAUUGGAACUAAUCAAUUUUUUUUGCUUUGUUAGCCAGGGUUUACAAAUAAAAAUCAAUUUUUUAGUCUCUGGUUUGUAAGAUGUAAGGAUUACCUUAUGAAUGUUGUCUACCCCCUCAAAACGUUAAGUCGGUCAAAUUCUGUUGAACGGGAAAUUAGUGUACUUUUAGAACUUAUUCAUUUAAGAACUUUUUGCAUGAGCAUUCAACAUUCCCACUGGCAUUUUAUUACAAGAAAGCAACCAGAAUUGCACAUAUUACCUGAGCGAGUAGGAAACUCAGAUUUCAGUCAAGAUCAACUCUUGGUCGAUAUGGUGAAAAACCUUAUUUUAACAAAAACAAUUGUUUUCCAGAAACUUAAUACAUUUUGAAGGUACUACAAUUAAGCUUUACUCAGUCUAAGUGCAAAUUGGUUAUAGAUUGCAUGAGCACGGUAAUACAGCCACCUGUCAGUUUGUUUACUGAUUUAAAACAGCUUAUAAUAUACUCUAUCGUAGCUGGUGAGUGAAAACUCCUAUCCGUCACGGAAAACUCCUAGCUUCUCCUGAUAAAAGAGCAUAAAACAGCUUUUUCAAUUAGCAUCGCUGUUGGAUGCGUUUUCAUUUCUGAGCUUUCUUAGGAUCAAAUUUACAGUGAAACCAUUUAUGUAUAUAUCUAUGACUGCAAUACAUUGUACAUAUAAGGCUGAAUUAAAGAGCUACUUACAAUCGUUAAAUAACACGGUACAAAUAUAGAUCAUAAAUCGCAAAGUUGCUUUAAAACACAAAAAGCACUUACUACCAGUUAAACUGUAAUAAAAUCUUGAGUACGCUUGGUGUUUCAAAUUGGGCGCAAGCGGUAAUUAGCUCCUGACCCACGAUAUGAUAAUUAUGCUGAACUUCAUCUUGUAAUAAAGAAUAAAGUGUAACGGGUGGUUUUCAUUCUGUAGUCUAACAACUGUAGACCUGAUUACAAUUAAAUAAAUUAAUCACAUUUUCUUUGAAAAGCUUCGAUAUGUAAAAAGUAGACACUGGACAUCAUCCUUGAAGGGAAAACAAUCAUGAUAUAAAUUGCUGUUGUACAUGAAUUAUUUUCACCUUUUUUCUACGAUAGACCAGGUUCUAUGUGCUCUCCAGAAGCUUACGGCAGAAAUGAAAGAAGCGAAUAAUCUUCUUUCAAGACUUUACAAUUAAUUAAAGUUUCAAUUAAAAAGAUUCGCUAAACGUCGAACAAAAUCUUCAAACAUUUCGGCAUUUUACGGUGGAAUUCGCUCAGACAACGGGCAGAGUAUUUUUUUUAACUUUACAGACACCGUGCUCUAGCUAUCCUUGUAAAAACGGAGGCAAGUGCGUUCCAAAUUACAGUGAUGAUCAAUACCAAUGUGACUGUUCACCCGGAUACGAUGGGGACCACUGUGAAACAGGUAAAUUAUAGAACAGGAAUGAAGGAAAAGAUCUUGUGUUUCCAGCCCCUCCGAUCCUGGGACAAAUUUGAGGACGGCCGGGACUGCAUUGCAUUAAGGGAAGUCCGAAAUACUCUGCGACUCAUUACUUUCACUUAGGCUUUUAUCUCUUUGCAAUAAAAAAAUGAGAAAACAACAAAAGAAAGAGAGUAACGAAUAAAAGAAAAGCCUGACAGCCUGAGAACGACAUCAAUGACACUUUCAAUUGCACCCUUAAAUAUAAAGCAAUGAUUCAAAAGAGUGAGUAGAUAAGCAAACUUGUGAGCAGAUCCCAACCCCCUGCCUUCCCCUGUUUUUUUUUCCUCCCCUUGAAAAUAUAUUUUUUAAAACUGAUAUUUUCUCUUAAAUGUCGAAAUUAUACUUUACUAGACAAAAAUAAGAGAAGAUAAAAGCUAUUAUCUGUUAGUGCAAUCCGCAAAAAUAACAGGAGUUUAUAAACGUUAGUAACCCUGCCCUUCCACCGAUCCAGCAUUCACUCGAUUACCCUAAGAAUUAUGGCUUUAGAGGGUCUAUCAAACACGUGAAAAGUGUUCGAUCUGAACCCCAAUCAACCGGCCCUUUAACUUCCAAGCGUACGUUGAGCGGAGUAGGUGGGGGAGGGGGAGUUGGGCCGGUGUAGUUUUCUGGCCUUCACUCUAGGUGAAGUAAAUGUUAUUUUGAUUUUUCUGCCGCAUAGACAUCGAUGAAUGUUCCAGCAAUCCUUGUUUAAAUGGAGGAUCGUGUACCGACCAGGUUAAUGGAUAUGUUUGUAGCUGCCAGCCUGGAUACACAGGUGCACAGUGUCAAACAAGUAAGUUGGUUUGAUUCAGCCACUGAGGUGAAUUGUACAGGCCAUGCCAGUGUAGUUUUUCUUGUCUCUGACUUUUAACUGUUUUUAUUUGAUGUUUUCUGUCGCAUAGAUGUCGAUGAAUGUUCCAGCAAUCCUUGUUUAAAUGGAGGAUGUUGUACCGACCAAGUUAAUGGAUAUGUUUGUAGCUGCCAGCCUGGAUACGCAGGGGCACAGUGUCAAACAAGUAAUAUAAGUUGGUUUGAUUCAGCCACUGAGGUGAAUUGUACAGGCCAUGCCAGAGUAGUUUUUCUUGUCUCUGACUUUUUACCCUUCUUAUUUGAUUUUUUCUGUCGCAUAGAUGUCGAUGAAUGUUCCAGCAAUCCUUGUUUAAAUGGAGGAUGUUGUACUGACCAAGUUAAUGGAUAUGCUUGUAGCUGCCUGCCUGGAUACGCAGGGGCACAAUGUCAAACAAGUAAGUUUGUUUGAUUCAAUAAAGAAGUAAAUUGUACAUGCAUGCCAAUGUAAUUUUCCUUUUCUCCAGAGACUUCUUGAUUGUUCUAAUUUGAUUUGUCUGUUUCAUAGAUAUCGAUGAAUGUUCCAGCAAUCCAUGUUUAAAUGGAGGAUCCUGUACUGACCAGGUUAAUGGAUAUGUUUGUAGCUGUCCGCCUACAUACACAGGGGCACAGUGCCAAACAGGUAAGUUGUGUUGGUUUGAUUCAGUAGAGAAGUGAAUUGUAAAGGGCCUACCUGAUCGAAUGACUAGUUACUUUCAUGUUGUAAAAUAUGUCUUAAAGAGUUCCACAACAUUACCUUUUAAAAGAUGCAAUAUUUAAAGCUAAGGGCGCUUUUUAAAAACAUAGCACUUGAACUUUCUUCAGGGGAAGAAAACUUGUAGCAACAAACUACAGAAAACAGUGUUUUUAACGACAGAGUGGCGAUUCUUCUGUUGGGACUAAAUCUAGUCUUAGAUAACACUGUAAACUGGACCGCUAUAUAAGGAACAAAGACCAAACAUAUGCAUAUAAGCUUCUUCCUUGACUGAAAGAUAGUAAGUAGCGCAACAUUGCCCCCUUAAGAUUCCUACGACUCUUGCCGAUCAAAACAACGACGACAAAAUGUAUAAAACUCAAGUGGAAUCACGGCUUCUGGUCGAGUGGUUUCAAUUCAGGGUGAUUUCAAUGGUUUUUACUCUCAUCGACCAUAGCUCUCGACUAAUCAGCGUCCUAAAAUCGCCCUGUUAUUAGGGUCUGGGAAUUGGGGUCCUGUUGAUCCCGCAUUCCCGCAUCCAAAACUUCUUUCAUCGUUAUUCCAAAUAUCUUUUUCUUUCCCAGCCCGGCAUCGGUACCCAAAUUUUGGCCAAUCCCGCUUCCUGGUAGCAGUAGGCCUGUCAACGCUUUCCCGGUAAUACCCUUCCAGGCCCUGUGUCAUUGUAAAAAUCUCCUCAGCUCAACCAGGCACGGAUGCACGGAGACAGGAAACUAUUGAAUUUCUGACGAUGAAAAAAAUUAAUAUUGAAAUUGUAAACCACUAAUAUAACAUGCAGUCAGUAAUUACAUGAUUCGUUUUGUUAGUUCUACCUCAGUGGGUGGAGUACACUCCUCAAGUGUGUGGACCUCGGAGAGAGCUUCAGGAUGGUGGUUGGGUCACAUUGGAGCAAUGUAAGCAACUCUGUCCAGGUUGUGCUGCCAUUGAGUACUGGUCUGGGGGAGACAAAGCGUGUUUUGAGUGCCUGGAUCACACCAAGCGUACAUCAUAUACCGUUACCCAUGAUGCUCGCUACCCACCACACGUGUACAUAAGGCAGUACUAGGAGUAGAGUAAAAAACAUAACUACAGUGGAACCCCGCUCUAAGGACAAACGCUUAAUAUGGACACCCGUAUAUUACUAUAAUGGGGACAGUUUCGUUUGUUCCGACAAAAAGCUCAUAUAUUUUCUCUUAUACGCAUAAAGGACACUUUUCUGUGUCCCUAGUCACAAACUCUCAUAUAUCAUCAACCCCACUUUACGGACAGUUUUUUUUCUGUGCACUGUCUAUAACUGAACAUCAUACCAAUAAAAAACUUACAGAAACGGAAAGUGGCCAUUCAAUAUAGUUCUGUCUAAUAUUCAGUCCACUUGGCUAAGUCCCAAAAUAAAAGCGUCAGUACAAAGUAAAGUCAUGGAUUCCAUUCUCGUGUUUCAAAAACAAUAUUUAAGGUGAUUCCCUGGUUUUGCAUUGCGCAUCUCUUACUGGGCAUAACAAGAUGGCCUCCGUAAAAAAGAGCAUGUGAAGUAACAUUGUUAAAAUGAAGUUGACCGAAGAGAAACGCUAUUGCAAUUUUUGCUUGCGGUUGUUUCUUGCCGAGGUGAGACUCAAUGUGGUGGGAAUGUGCAUAACGUAAGCAGUACGCGUGUUGCUGAGUUCGACUUCCUCAAGGAGAACCUCGAUAGUGGAUGUUUAAUUUGUGCUAAUUCACUUUGAUUUUCAUUUAAACGCUUUCUUUAUCACAUUGUGUCCUAAAUGUGAUAUCUUGAUGUAAAUUCUGUAAAAACGGAUUUUUUAAUACUUUCUUCCCCCUUUCACAUACAUUCUAUUUUAAAACUCGCCCCAGUCCUCUCUCAAAAAUCAAGGAAAAUGCAUUUGGUGAGCACUUUCUCAGCUCUACCGUAAAAACGAGUACGGUGACCCCCUUUUUUUAUUUCAUGAUUUUAAUAAGGACAGUCCUUCCUUUCGGUGAGAAAAAGAUUGGCACAAAUCUAUUUUCAGUUUUUUGGGCAAUUUUACUAAAUUGUACGGAUUGAGCUAUCACGUGUCGAAUAACGCGUGUCCAAUUUAAUUCUACUUUGGAGCGUAAAGAAAAAACAAGGGCAUUAAAAGGCAAUUUUCUGGUACGUAAGUGGAUAAACAAUACGUUAAAGUCAAAUUCUGUGCGAUACCACAUGCAUCAUUGAAAAAAUCUUUCCUUUUGUCUAGUUUUAGGCUGCGCGCGGUUUUUGUCAAAGGGUCCAAAAUAGCCGUAUUUGUCAGCAUUGUGACGUCAAAACGAGCACGGUGACCCCCACUUUUUAUUAUCUCUUUAUCAUCUUCUUGACUUGUUACAUCAGUGUACCUAGUUUCAUCUACAAUCUAUGUUAGGUUCUUUUACUAGGGAAUCACCUUAAAAGGUAAUUUUAGUCGAGACUAUACGAAAUAUGAUAAUAAUGAUAACAAUAAUAAUAAUAAUAAUAAUAAUAAAUAAUAGUAAUAAUAAUAACUUUAUUUGUGUGUUAAAGUAAUUUAGCAUACCUGCUAGUUGGAGACACCGUAACAAAGCAAAAAUAAUAUUUAACAGUAAAUAUUGAAUUAAUACUAACAUAUCAAAAGUACCAGCUGGUACUAUCCCAUGAAAAUACUACUAUGUCUACGAACUGCAGAGAAAACAGUCAGGUUCACUUUCAUUGUUAUUAAAUAACUAACUAAGUUUCUUAAAAUGAGUUUAAGUGCUUGAAUUUCAUGUGUCCCGAUGACAUUAUCGUGAGAUUUCUUUAGGAUGAACUUGUUUCAGUUACAGUUAAGAAAACGCCUACUACGUCUUUAUAUCGAUAAAAACAUGUGCCCGUGAAGUUUUUAAUACAUACACUAUGGCAGGUGCCCCUGAUGACCGUAUUGACCAUUUUCAACAUUUUUACAGCCUCUUCCUUCUUUGAGUAUGUGUACCAUAUGUAUAGCAAUAGAAUCGCGCCUAUAUAAUCAGGGGCCAUUAAGGUGGAUAACACUGCCAUUGGUUUCCACUAUACUUAUCCCCUGGACAGCAAUUCAUCCGGUGGAUGGCGCUAUCCAACGGCGGUUUGACCAACCGGGGCCAUGUUAAUAAGUUUGGUGAAAGGAGCCUGCCUGAGUUUGUGCUUUGAUUGAUAAAUGGUUUAGGGAGACGAUUUGCUUUCAGUAUCUGGGUUACACCAAAUUCAAUGUCACUUUGUUAUUGAAAAGAAACACCUGUUUUCUCAUUCUCUUAUAUAAUAAAUCACCACUCUAGUCCAAUACAUUUCUUCAAGCACUAGAAGUUAAGAGGAGUUAUUAUAGUGUCAAGGUUACCUUUGGAUCUCUUGGGUGGUCAUACCCUCACCACCUAGGGAAAUACAAAUUUAUAUGGUGAGGCUCCGCCCCGGGUUUCAACCCCUUAUCUUUUUAUGUACUACUUUUGGGAAACAAGGCACCCCUAUCGUAUACCUUGCAUUGAAAAAUGCUGCCCCUCUCACAUACCCAUUAACAGAAAGUCUUCUUUACGUUAAAUAAAUUAAAAUGAUACGGCCCUAAGGUGCGUCUAUUCAAGAUAUUUUAAUUAAAGGCCCCUUAAAUACUUAAAUGACCGAUUCCCCUCCCCUUUCAUAUACUUCAUCUCGUGAAAUCCCUACCCUCUUUUAUACCAUAAAGCCUGAAAAAGGUACCCCUUUUGGGUGGAACCUCCCCAUGGCCCUCAUAGAGAGUAACCCUGGUGGCCUAUAAAGCGUUUUCACUAACUUGGCCAGCAUCUAGGCAAAUUUAUCGAAAUAAAAGAAACCGUUUACGUAACGAAAGAGUUCUACUCUCACGGGAUUUGUUUGGAGCCCCAACAUGGCCGCCGUUUCAUUGUUUUGGAACACCAAUAUGGCCGCCUUGACAUCAUGUGAGAACGUUCUAUCAACCCUUCUUUGAAUAUUUCAGAUUUCAAAACUAAACAUGAUUAAAAAAAGAGAGCAAAUACGUAUCCCGCAGUGGGUUAAUAAAUAUAUAUAAAUAAUUAAGGAAAAGACACUAUACCAGAAGAAGUCAAAUCAAGCCUACCUUUCGUAAGACAGCACUUGGGUCAAAGAAUUUAUAAAUUAACUUAAUUACUGACAACUAUCCCUCAGAAACUGUUAAAAAAGCCAGAAUGAUGAAAUGAAGAACAUGCGCCGAUAUUUUUUGUACCUAUUUUGUCAACUUAUAACUCAUUUAAAAUUGGCGCACCAGAGCCAACGUUAUGUUAACGCAAGCAGCGGAUUAAACAGGGCGGCACUUGUACAAGGAAUAGUUAGAUUAUCGUACGGAUACUUUACAGCCGACAAGUUCAGUCUACUUCAAGUUCCAGCUGGUUUAUCAACUCUUGUGAUAAGCUACAAAGAAUGCGCUAUAAACUGCCUUAACGCUCCAGCUUGUGCUUCGUUUAACGUUGCCUCGCUUCCUGAUGCAGAUGGUAAAUUCCAAUGCGAGCUGUUGAACGAUGAUAAGUACAACAACCUUAACCAACUCAUAAGCGCACAGAAUUAUCACCACUUUAGCAUAAAGGUAUGCCAUUUGUAUUAUCGUAAUAUAUAAAGAGCCAGUUGUUGGGCCGGGUGUACAAAUAUUGGAACGGAAAAGAAACUUGGAAAUGAGGUAUUUUUAAGGUACAAACAUGGGCUAAUCACUUUUUCCACGCUCAGUUUCAAACACAAUAACAAACACCUUGUUCAAUUUUUAAAUUAACGUUUAUCCUUAUCUGAUCGAAGUGAAAAUGCAUGAAACCGUUACAGCAAGGGUAUUUAUUUGUAUUUUCUUUCAAAUGCCUAAGCACAACUGAGAUGAAAAAUCCGGGAAAAGACUGCAGACAGAUAAAGCAAAGAAAGAAAAAUAUUAGUUAGGUUGACUAAUUUUUUUCUGUCUUCCUUUUUUGAUGCCGUCCUUUCUAUUUUCUGUAAAAAGCUAUCCCAGUUGUGCUUGUUGCGGGAUAUAAAGAGCGUUGCUAACCGACUACAAGUUGUUAUUCCGUUUUACAAAACACCCCCUCAAAAUGUACUUAAUUUGCGCCUAUUAAAAUGAAAGUGAUCGACACAUAUAUCCUAUGAUUUAACCACGAAAAAAGAACAAACUUUCACUUCUAGAUUUUCGCAUGAUUAAAAAAAAUAUUUUUUUCUAAAAAGACUUCUGGAACCCGCCAGGGUAGCAAAAUUACUAAACAAGGUAUUUUGUUUACAGACACCAUGCUCUAACUACCCAUGUAAAAACGGUGGCAAGUGCGUUCCAAAUUACAUUGACGAUCAUUACCAUUGUGACUGUACAGCUGGAUUCUCCGGGGAUCUCUGCCAAACAGGUGAAUUUCAUCGAUCUAGAAAACCACGCUGGUGAUCAUACAGUCAAACGCGAGAGAAAAAUUGAAGCUCAGUGAUAACUAUACUAAACAGAUUGUCGCGACACUUUAUCAACAAGUUAAUUAUGUAAACUUCUUUGAUUCUUCUUUUCAAAACUAAAAGAACUCUCCGACUUUAAAUUGAACUAGCUUUUGUUGCAGUAUUACAAAUGAAACCUAUGCCCACCCUCCAGGCACUAAAAAACAAACAAAAAUGAUAUAAUUUAGAUAUUUAUAUCGUUGAAUGGUACGUCCAACAGUGUCACGUUUAUUGAUUUUUUUGUGUGCUUUCUUUGACAUUGUUCAUGUUGAUAUGACCUAUAUAUGUUCAAUAUUCGGGGCUAAACAAAACCAAGUCAUACUUUUAUGUUAACGGCGCAUGUAGAAAAAGUCAGGAAAAUACUAGAGACCUGGGGGGAAUCUAAUAUAUGAGAAAAAACCUUGAGUUAAAAGUAUUUUAAAAAACUUUUGAUGUGUUGUUUCAGCUUUUUUAGAAAACUGCCUCCAUGCAGUGUCAGUUUCGGCUUCUAAGAAGAUGUUUAUUUUCUUUUAGCUUUUUCGUGUUUUUCCUUUUGAAACUUUUAAAACUUUUCAACUUUAUUUAACUCCAUGAGUAGUACGUACUUUUCUGUGCUCAUUAUUCCGGGUGAUUAUUCGUUAAAGCUUUUAAACUUUUUACCAUAGACAUUAACGAAUGUUCCAGCAAUCCUUGCUUAAACGGAGGAUCUUGUACCGACCAGGUUAAUGGAUAUGUUUGUAGCUGUCAGCCUGGAUAUGCAGGAGCUAAUUGUGAAACAAGUAAGAAGAACUUCAUCUAAAUUUUCCUCCCUGAAUCACUCAAGCGAAGGGUCGGUGGGCUGUGCGGAACUAUUAAAACUUAAUUCAUUUAUGUUACUUUCUUUCAAUUAAAUGUUUAACUGUCUGUCGUCUCUUGCUUACAGUGACUUUUCCUGAGGACGAGAAAUAUACGGGGGGGCGGGGGGUACUUGGGUUAACUUUUGCCGGGUAUGUGAGUCCCUACCCCAUUAUAGUCUAUUCUUGGUCCCUUUUGGGCAAAUAUGUAAUUUUCGCGAUCCCAACUUAGUCACAUUCUAUUUUUUUUUAAGAAUUGACCCAUUUUUAGAUUGAAUGAAGAGCACUUUAUUUUUCAUCUACAGAAACAUUCUAGUACGUUUGCUAACCGUAAAUACGAAGAACUGUCUUACCCGCAAAAAUCCGAAAAUGUGCGACCCCAUUCUAGUAACUCUAUUGAAAAUUUCAAAAGGUUGAGUUUGAUCGUCCGGGUGACCGUAGUCCUGAAUAGGACUGUUGUUGUUGACAGUGACUGACGUUUCGACAACCUGUGCGGUAGUCAUCUUCAGAGUCAAAGUGAGUUGUAUCACGUCAGUUGAUGGUAUUAUACUCUGGUUAUUGAUCUGAUUGGUCAAUUAUGUCGCGAUGUUAUUGGUCGUCUGUCAGUUAAGCCGUGAUGUUAUUGGCUAUGAAGACUCGUAAUCAGUGAUUGGUGCGUUUCGAUCCGUCUAUUGUCGCAGUUAAACAGUCGUCUAUUGUUAGUCAAAUUGUUAGUUCUCCAGUUGUUCUCUCGUAGUUAGUUUUGCUUGAUCUCGUCAAUAAGUCGUUUGUACGGCGCUGGUAACUGUUGACUACGAUUCAGUGGCGUUUGUUCUAAGUUAGUAAACCAGCUUUCUAAAGUAAGACGUUGAUAGUAGUCUGUAGAAUACGUUAUACAUGUCGCAGAGUCCCAGUCAAUUUGAUGUUUCGUCUUUAAAUGGUGCUCAGCAAUGUGAUUGUUGACGUCACCAUUCCUCGUCGCGCGUUUGUGUUCGGUCAGUCGCGUGCUUAGGUUUCUGCCGGUUUCACCAAUGUAAGAAGCCUGGCAGUCGCAGCAUUUGAUCUUGUAUACUGCUCCCUGUCUGUCCUCCGGUUUGUCUUUGUCCUUGACAUUAGUAAGCAGUCGCUGUAAAGUGGUUAUCGGUUUGUGCGCAACACGUAUAUUGUAAGGUUGUAAUAUACGUGCAAUAGUUUCAGAGGUGCCUCUGAUGUACGGUAUAGUCGCUGUCGUAACAGGGCCAGAGUUGGUCUGAGAGUUGGAAUCAGUGUUACUGUGAGUGUUCCAUCUAACAAAGUCCGUGUUGUAAUUGUUCCUACUAAAAACGUUGUUAAGAUAAUCAGCCUCGUCUUGUAGGCUGUCAGGUGAGUCGCAAACUAGUUGCGCUCGUCUCGUCAGAGUCCGGAUAGUAGUAGCCUUGUGAGAGGUCGGGUUGUACGAAGACUGGUCUAGUAAUCGGUCGGUAUGUGUCGGUUUUCUGUAAAUAGUCGUUUUUAGUUUGUUGUUGUCGCGAGUGACCAAGCAGUCUAGAAAAGGUAUCUUACCAUUUUCUUCGAUCUCCUUGGUGAACUGUAUGUCCGCGUUCUGUCUGUUAAGGUGUUCGUGAAAAUCGUCGAUUCCGUCUUUGUGUACGGCGGUGAAUGUGUCGUCAACGUAACGUAACCAAAGAGGUACAGUUCGCGUGUAGGUAGCUAAGGCUUGUUCCUCGAUGUUUUGCAUGACAAUUUCUGCUACAACAACAGAAACUGGAGAGCCCAUAGCUGUACCGUGUAACUGUUUGUAGUGUUUGCCGUUGUACUGAAAGUAAGUCGAAGUCAAACAGAGGUUGAGUAGGUCUAUAAUGUCGUCUGUAGGUAGUGGUAAUUCAACAGUGGAGUUCUUAAUAGCGUUCUCAGUACAGUCUAGAGCCAGUUGAAGUGGAAUACUGGUGAACAGCGAUUUCACGUCAAAGGACACUAGUUUGUGGUCGUCCGGUAUCUGUAUUGUCUUAAUGGCGUCAAUAAAGUUCUCAGUAGACUGUAGUUUGUGUCUAGAUUCGUCAGUUUAGAUUCGUCAAUCAGAUCAAUAACCCGAGUAUAAUACCAUCAACUGACGUGAUACAACUCACUUUGACUCUGAAGAUGACUACCGCACAGGUUGUCGAAACGUCAGUCACUGUCAACAACAACAGUCCUAUUCAGGACUACGUUCACCCGGACGAUCAAACUCAACCUUUUGAAAUGACUCCUGGGUUCAAACCUUUCACAGUUCUAUUGAAAAUGCAACCCCAUUAUUGUCAGUCCAGUCGUGAAAAUGCGACCCCAUCCAGCGGCACAUCCCCAUUAACCUGUUAUAUAAGGAAGUACCCCCCCCUGGAAAUAUAUAAGCAGCUAGGAUGCAGUGCCACGAAUAUUAGUGAUCAUUUGUGGACAGAACUGAUAGAAUAGCGAUUCGUUUAGCCUGAGAAAACAGCUGACAUUUAGCGACACCAUCACCAGUUUCCGCAGGAAAUUACGUCAGAAGAAGGGGUGCAGAAACUUUUACAUUGAUGACUUGUCACUAGCCAGAUUUGGGUAGUGUUUCUGGUUGGUUAAAGCAAUUUUUUUUUCAACCAAUCAAAAGCAUUACUCAGAGCUGGGUAGUGACACGUCAUAAGUAUGGAAUUUCUAUGCUCGUUCCUCAGACGUCAUUUUGCGGGGAAACCAGUGGUGACGUCGCAAAAUGUCGGCUGUUUUCUCAGGCACCAAUUAGUUUAGUUUUUCAAUCUUUAACAUAAUUUAAGAAUGCAUAUUGCUGCCAAGCUAUUUAAAGCCUGGUGGUCAUUAUUUGGGUAAUUAUUUACUAUAAUUUUGCUUUUUACUGUAGACAUCAACGAAUGUUCCAGCAAUCCUUGUUUAAACGGAGGAUCAUGUACUGACCAGGUUAAUGGAUAUGUUUGUAGCUGUCAGCCUGGAUACGCUGGAGACAGGUGUCAAACAAGUAAGAUAGAUAGGUUGGAAAAGUUUCAAGCGAGUAUUAAUUUUGCAGUGAAAAAUUAAGCUGUCUAAGGUUUCAGAUCUAUUUGAUUUAUUGUCUUCAUUCUUCCGGCAACAAUUUAAACUAACGUUUGUCAACUUACCUACUACUAAGCAAUCAAAUGAGUAGUAAUGAUCUGUAGACAUUAUUUCGAAUGAUUAUUUCGGUAUUAAUAACAGUUAUUCAGGAUUAUUGAGUGAGGCUGAGUAUAAUGUGAAGAAUUAUGCAUACCCAGCCUAAUUCAAUUAUUAUUUUCAUAUUAUUGAUUCAAAAUAUUUUUACUGACGUUUUGUGUGCAGCUUUUCAUAAGAUAAAGUAUUUUGAUAUUGUAAAUAUUUCUAAGUUCUUAACAACCUUCAGUCGAAAGAGAACUAGGUGUUAAUGUUGGCUUAAGGGAGGGGUAAGUGCGCAGUUUCUCAGAAAACAUAUAAUGAUCCAAGGUUUCCAAAGGUUUCGACAACGUCUAUUAAAAAAUCUGAAGUUUUGCAAGGAGUUACCAUCGUACAAGACAUGCAUAACCCAGUCCCGCUGAGGCGUAUUUCUAGGCCUUCUAGAUCUUGAAACUCGCUCGGACCUCGUAACCCGAGACAUGUGACCCAACUAGGAUACUAAGCUCUCGGGACCACUAAAGGCGAGCCUGUGUGGACUAUAUGCUAGCAAUAGUCGAGGAAAAAGUUAGGAAAGCGUUUUUCUAGUCAUUGAAGGGCGUCUUCCAAGGCUUUUCUCGGUCAAUGCAUUUAAAAACACUGCUGUUUUUAGAACAAGUAUAUUACAGAUUCCACGCAAAUCUUUUCGUUUUCGCAGACAUCAACGAAUGCUCCAGCAAUCCUUGUUUAAACGGAGGCACGUGUACUGACCAGGUUAAUGGAUAUGUUUGUAGCUGUCGGCCUGGAUACGCAGGAGCCAGGUGUCAGACAGGUAGGCAUUUGCAUCUACAGACACUGUAAAUGCGCAUGCUCGAGUGGGAAAAAAUCCUCGCUAAGGGGGGUAUUUGAAUUACGGGGAUUAUUCAUUGAAUGUCUUGUCGCAUUGUCGUAACAGUUAGAAAGGCAAUAGCUGGACAUAGACAUUAACGAAUGUUCCAGCAAUCCUUGUUUAAACGGAGGAUCAUGUACCGACCAGGUUAAUGGAUAUGUUUGUAGCUGUCAGCCUGGAUACGCAGGAGCUAAUUGUGAAACAAGUAAGAAGAACUUCAUCUAAAUUUCCCCCCCUGAAUCACUUAAGACUGGUGGGCUGUGCGGAACUAUUAAUAACUAAUUCAUUUCUGUUGUUUUCUUUUACAUGUUUAACUAACUGUCUAUCGUCUCUUCCUUUCAGUGACUUUUACUGAGGACGAGAAAUGUAUAAGCAGCUCGGGUGCAGUGUCCGGAAUAUUAGUGAUCAUUUGUGGACAGAAAUAAUAGAAUUGCGAUUCGUUUAGCCUGAGAAAAGAGCAGUUAUUUAACGACACCUUCACUGGUUUCCCCAGGAAAUGACGUCUGAGAAAGGGGCGCAAAAAUUCCAUAUUGAUGACUUGUCACUACCCCGAUCUGGGUAGUGCUUCUGAUUGGUUGAAGCAAAUUAUUUUUCAACCAAUCAAUGCAAAAGCAUUACUCAGAUCUGGAUAGUGACACGACAUCAGUAUGGAAUUUCUGCGCUCGUUCCUCCGACGUCAUUUCGCGGGGAAACCAGUGGUGGCGUCGCGAAAUGUCAGCUGUUUCCUCAGGCACCAGUUACUUUAGUUUUUCAAUCUUUAACAUAAUUUAAGAAUGUAUAUUGCUGCCAAGCUAUUUAAAGUGUAACCCCUUCUAGUGGUCAUUAUUUUGGUUAAUUAUUCACUAUAAUUUUGCUUUUUUACCGUAGACAUCAACGAAUGUUCCAGCAAUCCUUGUUUAAACGGAGGAUUGUGUACUGACCAGGUUAACGGAUAUGUUUGUAGCUGUCAGCCUGGAUACGCAGGAGCCAGGUGUCAGACAAGUAAGAAAUGUUCUCAGCGAUAUAAAUAG